CCUGCGCGUUCGUCGUCCUCCUCGCCCUCCAGGCCGCCGCGUCUGGCCGGAGUCCUCCUCCACCGCCGCCGCCACUGCUGCCGCCGCCUCCGCCUCCCCCAUGCUUUCCGCCUCACUGCUCCGCCGCCCGGGCCUGGGCCGCCUCGUGCGCCAAGCUCGCGCUUACGCUGAGGCCGCCGCCGCCCCGACCCCCGCAGCCGGCCCGGGCCAGAUGUCCUUCACCUUCGCCUCCCCCACGCAGGUGUUCUUCAACGGUGCCAACGUCCGGCAGGUGGAUGUGCCCACGCUGACUGGAGCUUUUGGCAUCCUGGCGGCCCACGUGCCCACUCUUCAGGUCCUGCGUCCUGGACUUGUCGUGGUGCACGCGGAGGAUGGCACCACCUCCAAGUACUUCGUGAGUAGUGGUUCCAUCACGGUGAAUGCCGACUCCUCGGUGCAGCUACUGGCCGAAGAGGCAGUGACGCUGGACAUGCUGGACCUGGGGGCAGCCAAGGCGAACUUGGAGAAGGCGCAGGCGGAGCUGUCGGGGGCUGCGGACGAGGCUGCGAGGGCGGAGAUCCAGAUCCGCAUCGAGGCCAAUGAGGCCUUGGUGAAGGCCCUGGAGUAGGCGGUCUGUGCGUGCCCCUCAUCAGCGGGGAAACCAAGGCUUGCAGCUGAGAGGGGAUGUCUUCAGCAGGUGGAACCAGCUCCCUGGGGUCCAGGCUGUCUGCAGGGGCCAGCAAACCCCAGCAUCGUCUUGGGGGAGCCAAGGAGGCCACCAGGGGGCAGUGCAGCCCAGGCUUCUGACCCUGCCUGGGGCUCUGCCCCUGUGCCCAAGACCACAGGGGGAACAAGCCCCUCACCAGCUUUGGCAGGCCUGGGGGCUGGGUCUGUCACCCCCACCCUGAUGGGCCUGACACCACCCCUGUGCCCUGCAGAGCCUGCUGCUGGGACCUCUGUGCUCCGGAGCCACCUCCACAGGUGACCUUCCCUCAGCCCACGCCCCCAUUAAAGACCAGGAAGCCUG